AUGGACGAGUUCAGGCAGGGUUUCCGGUACGGAAGCGGCGACCGGCGGCUUGAGAUUGUGAGCGGGAAAAGCUUUGGCGGCGCCAACCAGACGUACAUGCCUCGAUCACCGGCCGAUCUGCCUCGCGUGAAUGGGACGAGUCAGAGCUCGGCUGCGCCGGCGUCGAAGCCGUGGGGAUUCAACGAUCCAGAGAUGAAGAGACGAAAGCGAAUAGCCAAGUACAAAGUGUAUGCAAUUGAAGGGAGGGUUAAAGCUUCUAUCAGGAAUGGUUUGCGUUGGAUCAAGAACAAGUGCUCUGAGAUUGUCCAUGGCUUCUAA